AUGCCUCUUCCGCAUCGCCGCCCUGCCCCCUCUUCAUCGCGUACAGCCGCCAAGCGAGCCCGCCAUCGCAAGCCCGCCUCGCCGCAUGCGGGAAUUACGCCUUAUCGCGUGGGAACGAGGGUGCUCGCUCGAGGAACACCAGAGGGGGUGGCGAACGGUGAUGCGAGGGUGCGAGCCUCGAGGCUGCCAAUCACAUACGCCCUCCGGAUAAUCGUCGAGACUUCUGACUUCGUCCUUCUCGAGUCCUUGUUGUGGCAAGAGAGGCCGGAAGCUGCUGGCAGCAACGUAAGGAUGCCUUCCGAUAGCGCGAACGAUGGGCAUACCAAUGCUAACGCGGAGGCUACGCCUCUCCCGUGCCUUCAGCUCCUGUGGCCCGCGGCGUCUCCAAGAUUCCUGCCCUCUCCCUCCUUCCCGAAAUGGGUGCCAAAGACCGAGGCCGGGGCGCGUGCUCGCCCAUACCCCCUUGGGGGCAGUCAGCGGGCCUUCCGUCGCGGCCACGGGGCUCCCCGUCACGAACUUCUCAGCUUCGCCGCUGAUGGAGGUCGGGGCGAUGACGUGAAGUCAACGGGCACCGCUCUGUGCACACCGGGGGCGUCAUCGUGCGCAGCAGAGGUACCAUGA